UCUCGACAAGAGGUCAGUCAUUCCCAUGUGCCGACAUUCUUAGUUCCUCUUCAGCAUCUGUGGCGCACCGCAUCACAUCAUGAUUUUGUGGGUCCUCUUGGCGGUGGUUGGGCUCGGCGGGGUCAUAACGGGGAGCCCCACUGUGACCGCCCCCCCUGAUGCUGCGUCUCAUGCUCAUGCCGAGACGGUGGAGCAACUAAAGAAUUCCAAAAAGCCAACUGCUGUGGCUGCAGUCGAGGAAGCAAUACAGGUGGUGAUGGAGAUCGGAGAGCUGAACCCGAAUCACUACCCUGCUCAGAGGGCAGCCAAGGUGGUCCAACAUUACCUGAAUACCGAACAUGGCUCACCAUACAAAGUCUUCGGACUGCACAAGGUCUUUAGCGCCAAUGCAGAGGAUGUGCCUGACUCUGGAAGAAAGUACCAGCUGGAGCUCUCUGUGCAGGAGGUGGUUCAGAAACAGACCAUUGAGAAAUGCUUGGCGCAGGUCUUAUUCCCUCAAGGGGAGAGCCACGCUCCACCACAGGUCCAAGUUUCAUCAUGCGAGGACCUCUUGAAAAUUAACGUCAGCGUUCAAGAAGAGACCUUGUACCAGCAGUACAAGAGGAACCACAGCCUGCUAUUUGCACAAAACAUACCUGACAGCUACGGUCACGUGGAGCCGGAGCACGUGCCUUUCUGGCACCUCGGCGCUGUAGCGUCCAGCUUCGUCAUGCUUAGCGAAUCCACCCAAGAUACUUUGUUCAACAUGGCUCAAGUGGCCAACGUCUCGCAGCUGGCAAGUGAGGACAACCUGCUGAAGUUUGAAUAUGACGUACUGCUCCAUGAAAUGGUGUCCCAGGAGAUCUUUGCCUGGAAGAUGCUGGUCACCUGGUCUCCCCCAGAGGGAGUUAAAGUGCUGAAGAUGGAGAAGAGUGACUACACUGUCACGAACCUAAAAACUACACUAUUGUAAAUGAAACGUUUAUCCUCCACUUCUGUGAUAUCAAGUAUUGGAGUGCCGCAUUUACAUGUACAAUAUAUUAAAAAAUACAUUUACGUAGA